GUCGCCAUUUUCAUUUUCGGAAGUGCGCAGCGAAAAAUUGUUAGCGUUAUUUUUUUGUCCGUCGUCGAUUUUUCUCGGUUUCAACGUUUUCGGUGUCAGUAUUCAAUCCAAUUUCUCAUAUUCUGCUACUAUAAUUCGUACAAUAUUCUCAUCGAUGUGAGAGACUGACUAAAUUUACAAGAUUUUUCAAUAGAAACGACGAUAAUACUGCCGGUCAUCGAUUGGCUGAUAAUCGGACAAAACUUGCACAGAUCCCUUUCAGGAUACCCGCCUACACAGGCCUCAUUUUUUUGUAAGGCGCUUAUCUUUGUUAUAUGACUUUCAAAGUUCCACCGGAAGCAAUCUUUUGCUGGAGGAUUAAAGGACCAUAUUGUAUCCAGGUAUUUUCCAGUACAAUAUUGUAAGCAGUAAGCAUUGGCACAGCGGGUCGAAAUAUUAUGAUUUAGCCAUAACUCUUAUGCAAUUGUCUGGCGACUCAUUUGCGCUCGAAAUGUCUUCAGAAAUAAUAGAAUUUUGUAAUGUGGAAGUGGAACUGUUGGAAGAAACUCCUGUGGAUCAACCGCUAAUGGAAUUAUUAUCCUCCUUUGGACUGUCAGAAUCGGCAAUGAAUAUAAUGUUAUCUAGCGGAUAUACCAUCGACGGACUGAAAAUAAUCCAAAGGAACGAAUUAGAAGAACUACUACAACCGCCUUUAUUGUUGGACAGAUCCAAAGUGAUUGAAGGUCUCAACCGUUGGCGAGUGUCUCUGAAUUUAGUUCCAGUAACAACUCCGCUGACAUCCAAAUCAAGUUGUUCCUGUGGAAAUGAAACACAAUUGUUAGCAAUUGAGAACCGUCAACGUCAUGAAUGGACGGCAAAAUCAUUGAUUCAGCGAUCAUCCAAAGGUACCAAAAUUUUGCAGCAGUAUCAGCAAGCCAAAAUACUCACUCGAGCGGAUAAAUCGUUCAUUACAUCGUUAAUUGUAGAUGACUUUAAAGAACAGUUCGGUAGACUUACCAAACCGGAAUUGCAACGAUACGCCUCUGAUUUAAAAUUUUUGUUUCCAACGGUUGACGAGUAUUUUUGGUAUCGCCCUUCAUUCUACUACGAUUCUAACGGUAAGAAAAUAAAGUUGGGCCGGUUGGCCAAAGGAAGUCUACACGACCGCAACAAUAACUAUAAAUUAACUUCGAAAGAGAAAGCAACAGCAACGAUAUCAUCAGAUUCCGAAUUCUUGGAUAUUUCCAUCACCGACGAUCAAAUUGCAUCCUACAACAACACCAAACAGUGGUUGAGGCAUAACCUUAGCGAUUGGGAUGAACUAAAAUCUCGAUGGUCGUGCUCUAGUUCAGUUCGUUUAUACGAAAUUAGUCGCCUUAUUGAUAGAACGUUCAGUAUAAUAUUCUUAGAAUACCCUGCACUGCGCAGUAGUUCCGGGUACCAGUUAGUUCAGUUGGAUUUCAACUUUAAAUAUCCUGGUAAAGGUGAUUUGCUGUUCAGUGGCUUCAAAAGUUUCCGACUUCGUGCAAAGCCUAUUUUCUUGGCAGAAAACGGUCGAAAGAAAGGCGUAAAGGAUAAAAUUAAAUGGCUUGAUGAGGAACUUUCCGAAGACGUUUUGGAUUGUACGGCCGUACAGCUGCUUUUUGGCCUUUGGCCUUGUCCAUUGAUCACUCUUCCCACUGGAAAUAGGUGGAAACCAUCCAUCCAGGAAAGUACAGAUAGCAUGAUAAGACAUAUUUCGUCGUUGUCUGAAUUUGAAUCGCUAUUUGCAAGGAUUGCAAAAGAAAAUGCGAGCAGAGGAAACAAAGACACGCCUGUAAUAUUAAUUGUAGGAGACACCUUAAAGUCUCUUGAUCAUUUUUAUGUUAGCUUUGGUGACGUCACCUACAAAGCCGAAAAUUUUUUGAAGGCUUUGGAUAUAAUACUCAAGCUUCAUGUAACAUACGGCGUACCUUUUCCUCGAGAAACCAGCGCGGUGUGGGAAUUCAUAUCACUAUAUUUUUAUGAUAUCUCAGUUCAAAGCGAACCAUCUGCAAAAAUCGUUUCGUUUUGUGAAACGCUACGAGUUGGCAUGAAUUAAAAACCCUCAAAUAAAAUAA